UUUGUAAAGUACUUGAAAUAAAUAACAAGAGAAGAUAACAUCUUAGUUGCAGUGAGUUGGAUUUGAUUUUUGCUUCUCUAAGUUUAACAUUUUGUGUUAAUAAGUAGCAAGAGUUAGUAAUUAGAUGAUCUUAGUGGUGAUUUGGAAUAGUUUUGCCAUUGUGAAUUGAUGAGUUUGUGUUUAAUUAGCUAUUUAUGCAUCAAGAAAGUUGAUUUAAUGGCGUGGUCAUUGAUUGAAGUAUGAAGAGGUUAGGUAUGCAGAAAAGAGUAAAACAUUUAUCAAAAACCAUAAAGCAAUGAUGGUAAAGAGUAGAAAGAAAAUUCAGCUGCAUCUAUGAAAUUCUCUUUGCAUAAGUCAAGAUUGUUGCAACUAGAUGGACAAAACUAAAUAUUGCAAUAUAUAAAGUGGGAAGGAAAAAGAAACCAUAGAGUUCAAGACCUAGAUAUGCUUUAUUUGAUUAUUUAUUACUAUUUUUUAUUGGAGAUAAGAAGUGGAAUUUAACUUUCAUGUAUUUGGGGGUUGGGGAAUUUUUUUUUCUCUACAUGUAUUUUUUCAAUUAUUUUUUAAUGUCAAAAAUUUUGGAGGUGAAUUGAGCACCACAAACAGGGUGGCAAAAUUGUGAUAAAUGAAUGGAUUAGAGGCAAAAUUGAGAGGCAGAAAGGAGUGGUGAUGGAUGGAUAAAGUGUUGGUAUUGGCAUGAAGAAAAGUGUGUGGCCAAAGAAACUAUGGCAUUUCCUACAAACAUUGGCAGCACCAAUUCUCUGAAUUCGUAUUUGAAUUUCCCAAACUAUCAAGCAUUGCAGCACUCUAACUCAAAUAGGGUUUAUGUUAAACCUCUGAAAUGCAGCACACUUGAACAACAGGAUUCUGGGAUCUUGUGCGAAUCUUGCAGUGGCAUUGGAUGGCUGCUUUGUGAGUUGUGUAAAGGGCAGAAGACCAAUGUCAAAGCAGACAACAACAGGAUCUAUCGACGUUGCCCUUCUUGCAGAGCAAUUGGAAGUGUCUUGUGUUCAAAAUGCAAGGUCUACAAAUGUGUCACGUUUCCGGAUCAAAAUGAUGGGGAGGAAUUAAAUUUUUGAGCAAAAACUAGACAUGGAUAUAUAUAUCAGUCAUUUACUUGCUGAGAAAUAUAUAGCGAAAAUCGGAGAUUUGAAGUGUCAAUUUUCUUGGGAAUCCAUUUUUAUAAAUGCUUCUUGAUUUUACUCUGUGAA